AUCGGGGCAGCGGGGUGUGGACUUCCUUGCUGGCCCCGCCUCCUUGGCGCUGAGCAAUUUAGAGCCGCGCGCCGGGCGGGAAUGUAAGAUGGCGGAAUAGCAACGCGAAGUGGUUAAUACUGAGUCUCUGGGCCGACUUCGGUUUGGGUCUCGGCAGCAGCAGUGAUAGCUGAGCAAAGGGCGAUUAGGGUAGUUGGCAAAGAUGCCGAAUAUCAAAAUCUUCAGCGGCAGCUCCCACCAGGACUUAUCCCAGAAAAUUGCUGACCGCCUGGGCCUGGAACUAGGCAAGGUGGUGACUAAGAAAUUCAGCAACCAGGAGACCUGUGUGGAAAUUGGCGAAAGCGUACGUGGAGAGGAUGUCUACAUCGUUCAGAGUGGCUGUGGAGAAAUUAACGACAAUCUCAUGGAGCUUUUGAUCAUGAUUAAUGCCUGCAAGAUUGCUUCAGCCAGCCGGGUUACUGCAGUCAUCCCAUGUUUCCCUUAUGCCCGGCAGGAUAAGAAGGAUAAGAGCCGUGCUCCAAUCUCAGCCAAGCUAGUUGCAAAUAUGCUCUCCGUAGCAGGCGCAGAUCAUAUUAUCACCAUGGACUUGCAUGCUUCUCAAAUUCAGGGCUUUUUUGAUAUCCCUGUGGACAAUUUAUAUGCAGAGCCAGCUGUCCUGAAGUGGAUAAGGGAGAACAUCUCUGAGUGGAGGAACUGCACCAUUGUCUCACCUGAUGCUGGGGGUGCUAAAAGAGUGACUUCCAUCGCAGACCGGUUGAAUGUGGACUUUGCCUUGAUUCACAAAGAACGGAAGAAGGCCAAUGAAGUGGACCGCAUGGUGCUGGUGGGAGACGUGAAGGAUCGGGUGGCCAUUCUAGUGGAUGACAUGGCUGAUACUUGUGGCACAAUCUGCCAUGCAGCUGACAAGCUUCUCUCAGCUGGAGCCACCAGAGUUUAUGCUAUUUUGACUCAUGGAAUCUUUUCUGGCCCCGCCAUUUCUCGCAUUAACAACGCAUGCUUUGAAGCAGUAGUUGUCACCAAUACCAUACCUCAGGAGGAUAAGAUGAAGCAUUGCUCCAAAAUACAGGUGAUUGACAUCUCCAUGAUCCUUGCAGAAGCCAUCAGGAGAACUCACAAUGGGGAAUCUGUUUCCUACCUUUUCAGCCAUGUCCCUUUAUAAUAGAAUAACUUCAGAGGCUUUUAAAAAAUAAAGUGAACCCCACCCCUUGUUUUCCCUUGGUAUUUGAUAAAAUAUUCAGCAGAAGACUCAGCUUACUCUAGUAGCUUUCUACAUCCCAUGUCAGGUAUAUUUUAGUUUCUCCAAAAUUAGGGAAAAACAGAUUGAGACUAAUUGCUCAGAUUUUUUACCCAUAUUGUCUCAUUCUGGCUUCUUGGUUUUGUGAGCCUUGCAGCUUUAACUACAGCUCAGCUGCUGCAGGUUUUCAGGCUUUGAAGGGUGUUGUGUGGGGGUGUUUGAAUGUGAUUGGGGAAGCUCAGACUACAUGUGAAUGUUUCAGGGUUUCCUUAGUUCAGAACUACUAGCAACAAAGCCAACCCAAUCUCCCCCUACCCCCCACCCCCCACACACAACACAUGACAAGUUCUCUAAGGUCUAAAUUACAAGAGCCUUAGGCAGCCCAGAACUCAGCUCUGGUUGGUGAGCCCCUGUAAGGCAAGCUGCUGCGGGGGUUGGGCUGAUGGAAGGCAGUGCACACAGUACAACAGAUGCUUCUUAGGAAGAAAAAUCCUGACCCAUCACCCUCUGCUUGGGGAUUGUCACUUAGAGUCUUUUGUAUCUGUUUCUUUUUCCAUUUGACUUGACCUUCAACCAUCUGACCUUUUCCUGGCCAAAUAAUCUUCUUGGGCCCAAAUGAUCACUGUACCAUUGUCUUCUGGAAAGUAAACCUCACUUCUUGCUGUGUAUUCUGUAACAUUGACACAAGAUUAUUUCUCUGUAGCUUAAUCUUCCUUAGCCCACUACCACCGUGGUAGAAAGUUCUAGGUGGUGUCGUAGUGCCUUUUGAUUAAUUUAAGUAUUUAAUUUUCAUCUUCCUUCCAUGGAUCUGUUUGGCCUCUCAGAUGACCUGAGAUUGCUGUUAAAAAGAUAUUACUAGCUCUUGUAGAGGAAACUAAUAAAGUUUCUGACUGUGUUGUGUGAUCAUG